AUGUCUGAGAAUUGCGCUGGUCCUAUGUCCAACUUGGUGGAUUUCUUCCAACUCCUGCGGCGCCUACCCAACCCUCACAGACGUAGCAGGAAGCUUCACCACGGCCUCGUUGAGAUCUACGGAGGCUUCAUUAAGGACGUUGAACGCAAGGAGCAGUUGGACGACUUGGACAUGGCAAUUCUAGCCUCUUCUUUAAUGAUUGGCGGUGUCGAGACGACCGUGGCUGUCAUGCAAUGGUUCUCUCCGCUAAUUCGCGCCUAUCCCGAGAUCCAGAAGAAGGCGCAGGCGGAGAUUGACCGGGUGGUCGGACGCAAUCGUUUGCCUGAUAUUGAAGACGAGAAGAAUCUCCCCUGCUGCCAUGCCAUUAUCAAAGAGGUUGAACGGGUUGACAGCCCGUUUUUGCUGGGAACCCUGCACGUUGCAAGCGAAGACUUUGUCUACCGCGGCCAGUAUAUUCCCAAGGAUACUCCCGAACGAUACAUCGACACCCUCACAUCCGCCGACAGUGCCAACAUGGCGGACUCGAUGCAGCGUGACCACUGGAUAUUCGGUGCCGGUCGCCAGAUCUGUCCUGGUAUGAUCGUAGCGGAGCGGGAGAUCUGGCUGACAAUUUCGCGCAUGCCGUUGGCGUUCGAUAUGCAUGAGAUGCCGGGUGAACCUAUUGAUCUGAAGGAAUAUGAUAGACUCUCUAGUCGGUCUCCGGUGCCAUUCCGUGUCAAGUUGACACCACGUCAUGAGAACAUGGCCAAGUUGCUUAAGAAGGCUGAGCCAUGGUCUGGUAUAGAAUUUCAAUGCAUUGAAUAUAAGAUUUGCCAACUGGGUGAUUAA